CUCUCGCUCCUAUCUUUCCCCAUCUUGCAGCACUGAGAGCUCACAGUGGCUGGUAGCGUGAGAGCAGAAGAGGGCGGACGGACCGAGGCGGCACCAGCGCUGAGUGCACUCCGUGUGAUCGUCGCCACUUUCCCUCCGCGGAUUAUUCGUCGACUCCGUCCUCAGUUUCUCCUUCCGCGCCGCGCUCUCUUCGUCCGAAGGCCUGUCACGCGCGGAGGAGCGGGUGUGCGCUCACUGGUGUUUCACACGGCGGCGUGCGUGUGUGUGUGAGUGUGUUUUCCCCCCAUGGCUGGCUGGAAGGACGGCUCCGUGCAGGAGAAGUAUCGCCUGGUGGUGGUCGGAGGCGGCGGCGUCGGCAAGUCGGCGCUAACGAUCCAGUUCAUUCAGUCGUACUUCGUCACUGACUAUGACCCCACGAUCGAAGACUCGUACACAAAGCAGUGUGUGAUCGACGAGAGGCCUGCGCGGCUGGACAUUCUGGACACGGCUGGGCAGGAAGAGUUUGGGGCCAUGAGAGAACAAUACAUGCGAACAGGGGAGGGCUUCCUACUCGUCUUCUCUGUCACCGACCGGGGAAGCUUUGAGGAGAUCUACAAAUUCCAAAGACAGAUUCUGAGGGUGAAGGACCGAGAUGAAUUUCCCAUGAUCCUCGUGGGGAACAAGGCUGAUCUAGAGCUCCAGAGACAGGUGACUCAAGAGGAGGGUCAGCAACUGGCUCGGCAGCUCAAAGUCACGUACAUGGAGGCUUCAGCCAAGAUCCGUAUGAAUGUAGACCAAGCUUUCCACGAACUGGUUCGAGUCAUUAGGAAGUUCCAGGAGCAGGAGUGCCCACCUUCACCGGAGCCAACGCGCAAAGAGAAGGACAAGAGUGGCUGCCACUGCGUCAUCGUCUGAUUGGGGUUUCACCGCCACCACUCACCCAGCUGCUGUCACCAGUCCCCGCCCCUCCACCCUGCCUUCUGACAUCACAUCCUGUGUGGAUGAAUCGCUGCCUUUCUACACGUGCAUGUCUUCAAAAAAACUGACAUCAUCAUGACCUUAAACGCUGAUAGAGUAUAACCGUGUCUGAACACUAAACACCGCUUCUGGAAGGUGCGCUGAAAUGUUUUCAUUUUUAUUUUGUUUUGUAUUUUGAAGGAUUUUAUUUCAUUGCCUUAUAGUGACGUUGUUUUGAGGUGAUGAAGUGACUAAAAAUGUCAAACCAACCUUGGAAGGCUUUUAGUCACCGUUUUCUUUUUUCUUCUGGAGAGCUAUAGCGUGAGAUGAUCUUCUGAAGCUUCGUGUUGUGCCACAUCUCUUUUUUCUCUCAUGUGCUAAUCAGCUACUGUACAUAAAGUGAAAAUCUGUGUGAGUUUGAAACGCUUUUAUAAUGCCAUAACUCAGUUGCUACGGUGUGAAGUUGAUGAGCUCGGCUGACGUGCAUUAAAGUAAAAUGUGUUUGAGUGUGUAAUGUACAUAAGUAGCCCUUAACCUUAUGCCAUCUGUUCCCCUUUGUCAGCAACGAAAUCUGUGCUGCGUUUGACUGGCUCGAGUCGUGACGGCACGUUCGCACUUCUGUUGAAAUUCUGGUUUGAUUUCUUUCAGUUGGGUUAAUGUGGAAAUCGUCUGGUGUAUUUUACUACCUGUUGUCGGUGGAUCGUUCCAAGUGUCUUUGCUCAGACUUCUACAGACUGUUCUCACACUCAGGUUGCUCCGUACACAGUGUUCUUGCCGUGUUCUCUCUGUGUUCAUGCUUCGCCAACAGUUCACAUUAGACCUUCAGCACUGAACCAGUUACCUCCUCAAGGACCAUCACCAGUUUGCGCCGUGACCAUAUAAGCGACCCAGAGAUGUCAUCUCUGAAAUAAUUGUAUUGUUUUUUCUGGCCUUAUUUCUGGAUUGAAUUUUUUUUAUUUUACACUGAUAGUAUUCUGUUUUGUGUUUGUAUAUAUAUAUAUAUAUAUAUAUACACACACACACGCACACACAUACACACACACACACAUAUAUAUAUAUAUUUUUUUUACAUAUUUCUUUCAUUAUGUUUCUUUGGUCUGCUUGGAAACGAUUUCAAGGGGAACGUCAUACUGUAUGUAUUGAAGUCAUCACUUCCGUUCACUUAGAUCAAACAUGGGAGGUGUUUUCUGGCAGGUGCAUCUGAGGUGGACUCCUUUUAGCUUGGACAGUCUGCAUUGUGGUCAGGCACUGAAGGAGAACACAAGACGUCCGGGAUAAUCUCUCGGACCCUGUAACGUUUAUCACUGGCUACAUAAUCGAACAGGUGACCGUUUUUUUCAUGACUCUGUAUCUCGAGGGUUCAUAUCACUAUUGCUCCAUAGAGUUUUUUUGUUUGUUUUUGUUUUUUUGUUCCUCCUUUUUGUUUUGAUUUUUUUUCCAUGUAUGUAUUUCUGUAUGAGAGAUACAAAUAAACUAUUUUAGCUUUGUGUUUUAUCAUCAUGUAAUAUAAGAUAAAAAGAUGGAAGUGAUCCUUUGAAUGGACAUGAUUAAAUGUUUUUACUAUAUACUUUUAUACAUUAUUUUCUUAUCGGACUAGUUAACAGGUAUUUUUAUAUGUUUGUAAGUGCAAAUGCUCUCAUGGCACAACUGUGUAUAUGUAAAGAGGAGUAUUUAAUUCUCUCAGUUUGUUUUUUUAACUGAAAAAAAACAGAACAGUCUAAAGGCCAACGCUUGUUGAACUGUGUUCAAGAACCUUUCCUGCUUUUGGUCUAGAGCUGGGAACCCUUGCGUUGGUCAGCAAGUGCUAGAUGAGCGGGACCCUGUCAGGGUGGAUCAGCUGGAGGUAGAGCUGUCCUUUUUUCUGCUGACCUUGAACCAGUUCUUUAUGUUCUGGUCCCAUAAUAACCCAGUAUUUCUUAAUUCUGGCUCUGCCCUGCAUCUCAGUUUUCUUUGCUCUACAAGCCUGGAAUUUAUUUCCCAAAGAAAGCUUUGUCAAUUAGCAAGCCCACCGUCAACUUUAGCCCAGAGGUAGGCCUGUCCAAUAGGAGAAGAGGUCAGGGCCAUUUUUAUUGGUCAUCCUCGCUUUGGACUUAUCCAGCUUGCUAAAUGUUCUGCUUUGUGGAGAUGCAACCCUGAUCCAAGUCUUCAGCUCAUUACCAAACCUUUCUCGAAUUGGACAGAUACUUGUUGAAGUGGGCAAAAUACUAAACUGCAAGGCACUUGGCCAGUAUUGAGAACCACUCAAAGGUCAGUAGAGAAACAAAAACCCCAAACAAAAGCUAAUCUCAGAUCUGCAGACCUGGACAGAACCCACCAGCUCGGAUUGGUCUCGUCUGUUGUUGUAGGUGUUGCGUUGUUCUGGUCAUGCUUAAGCUGACAGGAGUACAAACACUUAGCUCAGCAAUGAAGGAUGAAACCAGUGCAUAUUCCUCCACUCUUUUCUAGCAGAGUUUGUGAACAUCUAAUCCAUAUUGUGUUUUCUUGCUCACAUCUGUCCGUACCCCUUGUAUAGCUUCUGGUGCUAUAAUAAAGUCUAUGAUUAAACCA